AUGGCUGCUUCAACAGCCUCUGGUGCUGGUGGUACCGGCAAUGGAAGCAGCUCUAAUUCAAACCCCGUUAUGACUUUCGAAGGCCAUAAUGGCAACGUUACACUGAUAGCUUUCCAGAUCGAGAAUAAGUGGAUGGUACUGUCCUCCGAGGACGGAACCGUUAAGGUGUGGGAUGUGAGAUCUCCAUCUGUUCAGCGAAACUAUAAGCACUACUGUCCCGUCAACGAGGUUGAUGAUGUGCCCAUCAACUCACUUUCUGUGGCCAGUGAUGGAAGCAUGCUUGUUGCCGGAAACAACAAAGGCAAUUGCUACGUUUGGAAGAUGCAAAACCAGAAAGAUAUCACGUCAUUGACCCCAGCUACGAAAUUCAGGUCUCACCUGAAAUACAUCACGAGGGUGGUCCUCCUGACGGAUAUGAAACAUUUGGCAACCUGCUCAGCGGACCACACUGCGAGAAUCUGGCUGACGGAACAGAACUUUGCAUUGGAAACAACUCUACAGGGCCACCAAAGAUGGGUCUGGGACUGUGCCUUUAGUGCCGAUAGUGCAUACUUGGUGACGGCAUGUUCUGAUCACUAUGUCCGUCUUUGGGACUUAUCGAAUAGCGAGACCGUUAGACACUACAAUGGCCACCAUAAGGGGGCUGUUUGUGUUGCAUUGAAUGAUGUCUAA